GGUUCGGACAUUUAAUGUAUUGAAUGAACUGGAAUUGCUUUCCGUGUGAGGAGGAUGGUUGCUGUUACUUUGUGAUGAGAUCGGGAAUGAAUUGCUCGGUUUAAAAAUGCUGCUUUGGAUUCUGUUGCUGGAGACGUCUCUUUGUUUUGCUGCUGGAAACGUUACAGGGGACGUUUGCAAAGAGAAGAUCUGUGCCUGCAACGAGAUAGAAGGGGAUUUGCACGUAGACUGUGAGAAAAAGGGAUUUACCAGCCUGCAACAUUUCACCGCCCCAACUUCCCAGUUUUACCAUUUAUUCCUGCAUGGCAAUUCCCUGACUCGACUUUUCCCUAAUGAGUUUGCUAACUUUUACAAUGCGGUCAGUUUGCACAUGGAAAACAACGGUUUGCAUGAGAUUGUUCCUGGGGCUUUCCUUGGGCUGCAGCUGGUGAAACGCUUGCACAUAAACAACAACAAGAUCAAAUCGUUCAGGAAGCAGACUUUCCUGGGGCUGGACGAUCUGGAAUACCUCCAGGCAGAUUUUAAUCUAUUGCGGGAUAUUGACCCGGGAGCAUUUAGGGACUUAAACAAGCUAGAGGUGCUGAUUUUAAAUGACAAUCUCAUCAGCACCUUGCCCCCCAACGUGUUUCAGUAUGUGCCGAUCACCCACCUCGACCUCCGGGGAAACCGUCUUAAAACCUUGCCUUACGAGGAGGUCCUGGAGCAGAUCCCAGGCAUUGCUGAAAUCCUGCUAGAGGAUAACCCCUGGGACUGCACUUGCGAUCUGCUGUCGUUGAAAGAAUGGCUGGAAAACAUACCUAAAAACGCUUUGAUCGGCAGAGUGAUUUGUGAAGCUCCCACUAGGUUGCAGGGCAAAGAUUUAAAUGAGACCACAGAGCAGGAGCUGUGUAAAAAGAACAGAGUAGAUUCCAGCCUAGCUGCUCCCCCUGCCGAAGAAGAAACCUGCGAUCCUGGUCCCAUUCCAACCCCCUUUAAAAUACAUGGCAAAGAAGACCCUGCCACGCCAGGAUCUGCUCCAAACGGAGGUACAAAGAUUCCCGUCAACUGGCAAAUCAAGACCAAACCCACUGCUGCCGUGUCGACAGUGAGUGCGAAGAGCAAGCUGCCGGCUGCCGUUUCCUGCCCUCACAUCUGCAGCUGUGAUCAGAUCCCUGGCUCGGGUUUAAAGGUUAAUUGCAAUGAUAGGAAUGUGAGCAGCUUGGUGGAUUUGAAGCCCAAACCGGCCAAUGUGCAGGAGCUGUUUCUGAGAGACAACAAAAUACACACCAUCAGGAAAUCCCACUUUCUGGAUUACCGAAAACUUAAUUUACUUGAUCUGGGCAACAACAACAUUGCCACUGUUGAGAACAACACCUUCAAGAACCUCUUUGAUCUCCGAUGGCUCUACAUGGAUAGCAACUACUUAGACACCCUGUCCCGGGAGAAAUUCGCUGGGCUGCAAAACCUGGAGUAUCUGAACGUGGAGUUUAAUGGGAUCCAGAUGAUCAUGCCUGGCACCUUCAAUGCGAUGCCCAAACUGAGAGUCCUCAUCCUCAACAACAACCUGCUGAGGUCUCUCCCAGUAGACGUGUUCGCCGGKGUCUCGCUUUCCAAGCUGAGCAUACACAACAAUUAUUUCAUGUACCUCCCUGUGGCGGGGGUGCUGGACCAGCUCACCUCCAUCACCCAGAUCGACCUGCACGGCAACCCAUGGGACUGUACUUGCCCUAUCGUGCCUUUCAAACAGUGGGCAGAGAUGCUGCGCCCCAAGGUGAUUAUGAGCGACCUGAGGUGUGAGUCUCCUGAAGAUUUCUUCAAGGAGGAUUUCGAGUCUCUCUCCAACGAUGUGAUUUGCCCUCAGUUAAAAAUCUCACCCACAUUAACUUCUACUAACAAAAACAGCACCGGGUUGACAGAGACAGGUACUCACUCCAACUCCUACUUGGAGACCAGCCGGGUCUCUAUUUCGGUGCUAGUGCCAGGGCUCCUGCUGGUUUUUGUGACCUCUGCCUUCACCGUGGUUGGCAUGCUGGUUUUCAUCCUGAGGAACAGAAAGCGGUCUAAGAGGAGGGACGCCAACUCCUCUGCAUCCGAAAUCAACUCCUUGCAGACGGUCUGCGACUCGUCCUACUGGCACAACGGGCCCUACAGCGCCGACGGGGCCCACAGGGUGUACGACUGCGGCUCCCACUCCCUGUCGGACUGAGGCGGCGGGCGGGGCGGGGGCGGCCGCCACCCGGGACCGGCCCUUCACGCUCCGGCCGGGGACAGCUCUGCACCUCUGCUGCUACCUUUUGUGAGAAACGAAACACACAGACACACGCACGUCCUUCCUCACGACCCCCAUAGCAAUC